AUGGAUUUCAUUAAAGAAGCCAUUUGUGAUAAUAACGAUGAAAUGUAUAAAUACCUUCUCGGCUGGAUUGCAUCAAUGAUUCAACAUCCUGGAAUCAAGAAUGAAACAGCAAUUAUUUUGAAAGGACUUCAGGGAACAGGUAAAAACAGAUUUACAGACAUUAUUUCUGAACUUCUCGCUGGUUAUUCAUGUAAAAACAUUACUGAAAUAAGUGAGCUAACGGGUAAUUUCAAUUCGGUUGUUGAAAAUAAAAUGUUUCUUGUACUUAAUGAACUCAAGAAUGUUGGUGAAGAUAGACUCGCAAACUUCAACGCUUUGAAAUCAAUUAUUACGGAUAAUCAAAUUAGAAUUAAUGAAAAGAAUCAACCCAGAAGAACUGCUCAGAACGUUGCAAACUUCAUUUUCGUAACUAACAACGUCUACCCUGUCAAAAUUGAAGUUGGAGACAGAAGAUACGUAGUUUUAAGGGUUAAUGGUAAAUUCAAGGGUCAAUUUGAUUACUUCAAGAAUUUAAUGGAUUCAUGCACUAAGGAAUUUUAUGAUAAUUUACUGACGUAUUUUAUGCAAUAUGACCUUUCAUCAUUUAAUGUACGAAUCAUUCCGAUGACUGAAGCCAAACAAGAUUUAAUUGAGUUAUCAACAAAUCCUUUAGAUGUAUGGAUAAAUACACAUUAUGAUGAAUUGUGUGCAGGUAUGACGUGUGAAAAUGCUCUAUUCUGCAAACCAUCAGACAUGAAAGACAAGAAUUUCCAAAUGAGUAUUAAGGAUAAAUGUGAUAGGAAACAUAGAAGAAUAGACGGUAAACAAACAUGGUGUUAUGUUUUGAAAGAAGAAAUGAAAGGAUUAUAUAAACAGGUUGAACCAAACGAUAAUGAUGAUUCAUUUACUGACGAUGAAAUACCUGUAAAUGAAGCUUUAUAA